ACCCAAAAUAUCUUACUUUAGCCCUCUGUUGCCUUUUUUUUUUUUUCUCAAUGAUGAAGAAAGAUGGAAUGCUCAUCUCUGUACAACAAAAAUUCUGUGAUUGGAACUUCAGCUUUCUUUCCAAGAACCCCUGAGAAAAUUAACCUACACACUUUUCCAUCAACCUGUACUUUUCCAUUAAAUUCUACAAACCCCUUUGCUACCCUUUCUUUUACUAAUACAGUGAAGUGUUAUGGUCAGAAUUAUGGGGAUGAAGAACCCCUCUCUGCUUCUCUGGCAUAUGAUGUUCUCGGUGUUGCUCCUAAUUGCUCUGCAGAUGACCUGAAAUCUGCUUUCAGGAAUAAGGUUAAGAAGUUUCAUCCUGAUGUAAGGAGAGGUGGCAAUAGUUCAGAUAAAAUAAUUCGCAGAGUCAUUCGAGCCUAUGAGAUGUUGUCCAACUUUACGAAGUCAGAGAUCAUUGAAAGGGAAUGCUUAGAUCCAUUUGAUCAGCCAGAAUGUGAAGCAUUUGAUCUCUUUGUUAAUGAGACUGUUUGUAUUGGAAAAGGUUGUCCAUUUUCAUGUGUUAAGAAAGCACCUCACGCAUUCACUUUUUCCUCGCUGACAGGAACUGCGCGAGCAACUUCUCAAGGACAUGGUGAAGAUUAUCAAGUCCAGCUUGCAGCUGGUCAAUGCCCCAGGAGUUGCAUACAUUAUGUUACACCUUCUCAAAGAAUAGUUCUUGAAGAGCUACUUGGCAGCAUCAUGAACACACCUUAUGAUACAUCAGCAGAAGCAGACUUGCUUUAUUCGCUAAUUGUAAAAGCCCGUUUUGAGAAUAAUCGCUACCAGAAGCCCAAGAAGCAACCUAAGGCCUCAACUAAGCAUGUAGACUGGUUCUAAAUGUUGAAAUGGCUCCUAAGAGAACACCUUGUGUUCCAAACAUAGCAUGUGAGCUUUGAUGAAGACUUGCAUCACUAUUUGUUUUCUCGUGGAUCGAUUGCUCAUUUGCUUCUUCAUUUGGGCAUGAAGUAUUCGGUGAGCCCUUGGAAGUUGAACAUAGACUACCACUUCAAAGGCUAUGCUAUGCUGAAGUUAUCUCAUGGAUAAUUAUGGAAAAUGUUAUAUCAGUCAGACUGUCACCCUUAAAUGGUCUAACACUCUGCAGCAUAUGACAUGCUGGGGAUAUGAACCACAUGUGAUGCCGCAACUGACUGUCUGACUAUUGGGUGAUAUGAGAUCGAUGUAAAUAUGGAAAGUUACGGAUCGAAUAAGGAAAAUUCACUGUUACAUAAAUUAUUCGUACAUAUCAAUGUAUUUUAAACUGUUGUAACAGGCAACCUUCUUUUCUAGUUCACUAAUUCUAUAUUUUAUGGAUGAUUAUUUGUAGUUAUCUUUUAAGUGACUUGAUAAUCUGACAAAUAUUUUGCUCUA